CUGCCCUCCGUGAUGGUCGCGGGUCUCCCGCGGGGCCUGGGAAUUGAAUUGCCUGGGUUGGAGUCAGGAGGAACGGGCCCUGCACCCUUCAGCAGCAAGGACUCCAUGUCACCCUGAAUACGGAGGAAUGGGGGAUGCCACUGUCCACUUGGACUCCUAAGCUGUGCUCGCCUUGGCCCCAGGGAAGGGAGUGUGUGGGCUCCCUGCACCACCAGCCUUAGAGGAUGGCAGCCAUCGAUCUCUGCCAUGGCCUUCUUUUCAGAGAGCCUGUCCACGUAUAUGAAGAAGAGUCAGCAGUAGAUGGGACAGUGGCUGACCGCCAGGAAAGCUGUUCCCAGGAUUGCGUGACCUUUGACGAUGUGGCUGUGGAAUUCACACCAGAGGAGUGGACGCUGUUGGACUCAGCUCAGAGAACCCUGUAUAGGGACGUGAUGUUGGAGAACUACAAGAACCUGGCUACCUUGGGGUGUCAGUUCUUCAUGCCUCGUGUGAUCCUCUGGUUAACACAAGAAGUGUUGGGGCCCGUGGAAGGCGCAGGAAUUCAGGAAUUAGAAGAGCAACCUAGAACCUGUGGAUCAGAGCCUCAGAAUUAUUUUAGGAUACCAACUUCCAGUGGGAUAUCAACGGCAAGCAGCUUCCACAGAGGGGAGCCGGGUGACCUUCCACCGUGUGGAGAAGCCUUGGGUAGACAGGUGCAUCUUCAUAGCCCCGUGGGAAGGGAGGAUCCAGGGCUCACGUCUGAGUGCAGCUGGUAUGGAAAAGACGUGCUUUCUUUGUUUAAGGAAAUGCAUCCAGGACAGAAUGAGCCUGAGUUGAAUCAGUGUGGAAAUGCCUUGGGCCUCUCCCGGAACAUUAUAUACCAGAGAAGCGAGAUGCGAGAAAAACCCUUUGAGUGCACAGAUUGUGGUGACGCCUUUUUUAAACAGGCCUACCUUCCUCCAGAUACGAGGACUGAGGAUAGAGAUCCUCACAAGUGGGGAAAAUACGGGAGUGGAUUCCUUCACUCCAACUUGGCUAUGAGGCUCCCAGUUCUCAGCAUGAGAAAACCCUACAAGUGUGAGGACUAUGGGAAGGACUUCCCGUACUUCACCUGCCUUCAGAACCCCAUGGGACUCUGCCCAGGAGACAAGGUCUGUGAGUGCAAGCAGUGUUGGGGAGCCCUUGGCGUCUCCCCACACCUCCCCCAGUACGUGAGCCUUCAUCCUCGUACCCACGAGAAAUCCAAAACGUGUCAGGAAUGCGGGAAGUCCUUUGCUAAUUUCUCCCGCCUCUCUGCCCACGUGAAAACGCACAGUGGAGAAAAACCCUUCGUGUGUAAGGAGUGCGGGAAAUCCUUCAAAAACAUCUCGUACCUCAAUGAUCAUGUGCGGAUCCACACGGGCAUCAAGUCGUACAAGUGCGUGGAGUGUGGGAAGGCGUUCUUGCGCUGGUCGGGCCUGACCGAGCACGUCCGAGUUCACACGGGAGAGAAACCCUACGAGUGUAAGGAGUGUGGCAAAGCGUUCUCGCGAUCCACACAGCUCACCGAGCACCUGCGGACGCACACGGGCAUCAAGCCCUACGAGUGUAAGGAGUGUGGGAAAGCCUUCACACAGUAUUCAGGCCUUGCCACCCACGUCCGCAUCCACAGCGGAGAGAAGCCCUUCGCGUGCAAGGAGUGUGGCAAAGCCUUCACCAGAACCUCCGGCCUCAUCCACCAUGUGCGGACCCACACCGGGGAGAAGCCAUUUGAAUGCGUGCACUGUGGGAAAACCUUCAUCACCUCAUCCCAUCGCACGAAGCACCUGAAAAUCCACAGUGGGGAAAAGCCGUUUGUGUGCAACAUCUGCGGGAAAGCGUUCAUCUACUCCACGUCGCUCAACAUCCACAUGCGUACGCACACGGGCGAGAAACCCUACAUCUGCAAGGAGUGUGGGAAAGCCUUUGCGGUGUACUCCCGCCUCAGGAAACACGCGAGGGUCCACACUACCGAGAAGCCCUACGAAUGUGAGGGCAUGGGGGUCGCCAUUUAGCCCACCUGCUGCCAUGUUUCAAUGCCAACAGUGCCACCAAAGAGCAUCAGAUUAUCAUUUAUUAUUAUAAUGAUUAUCAUAAUUAUUAUUGCCG